UACACUUCAGGAUUUCAUAUACACAUACAUUAUUGUUCCUCCAUCUCUCUCUCUCUCGCUCUCUCUCUGCAACAAUGGCAAACUCCGAAGUAAAUCAAAAACCUCAUGCCAUAUUCAUUCCCUACCCACUGCAAGGCCACGUGAUCCCGUCCGUCCACCUGGCCAUAAAGCUAGCAUCCCGAGGCUUCACCAUCACCUUCAUCAACACUCACUCCAUCCACCACCAGACCUCCAAAGCACAAACCAACAACAUCGGGGACGACAUUUUCUCUGGCGUCCACGAAUCCGGCCUUGACAUACGCUACACCACCGUUUCCGACGGCCUCCCUGUGGAGUUCGACCGCUCGCUCAACCACGACCAGUUCAUGGCUGCCUUGUUGCACGUUUUCUCGGCACAUGUGGACGAGAUGGUGAGCAAAAUUGUGAGGUCUGCACAGCCACGAGUUUGUUGUUUGAUUGCGGAUACGUUCUUCGUGUGGCCGUCAAUUAUAGCCAAGAAGUUUGGGCUGUCUUAUAUUUCCUUCUGGACAGAGCCUGCUUUGGUGUUUACGUUGUAUUAUCAUCUGAAUCUUCUUCAAGAGAAUGGUCAUUUUGCUUCUCAUGAUAUUCGCACAGACGCCAUAGACUACAUACCAGGCGUCCAAUCUAUAGAACCAAAGGACAUGACGUCGUAUCUUCAAGAGACCGACACAUCAUCGGCGUGCCAUCAAAUAAUUUUCAAGGCGUUUCAGGAUGCUAGAGGUGCGGAUUUUGUUCUAUGCAACACUGUGGAAGAGCUUGAAUUCGAGACCAUAUCAGCUUUACAAGCCCAAAUGCCAUUCUACGCUAUUGGUCCCAUUUUCCCAUCUGGUUUCCCGAAGAGCAUUGUGUCUACGAGCCUUUGGUCUGAGUCAGAUUGCACCCAAUGGCUCAACAACAAGCCGAAAGGCUCGGUCUUGUAUGUGUCAUUUGGUAGCUACGCCCAUGUUACUCAUAGAGACCUAGUAGAAAUUGCUAAUGGGCUUUCACUUAGCAAAGUCUACUUUGUUUGGAUUCUUCGGGCAGAUAUUGUGAGUUCCGAUUGUGUCGAUCCACUGCCCGUCAGAUAUAAAGAGGAGGUUGGCAACCGCGCGAUGAUCAUACCUUGGUGUAGUCAGAUUGCGGUGUUGACCAACCCGGCGAUCGGAGGAUUCCUAACCCAUUGUGGGUGGAACUCAAUAUUAGAAAGUAUAUGGUGUAAAACACCACUAUUAUGUUUCCCAUUGUAUACGGAUCAAUUCACCAAUCGCAAACUAGUUGUCGACGAUUGGAAGAUAGGGAGCAACUUAAGCAAUAGAAUGCCGAUCACUAAGGAGGAAGUCUCAGAGAAUAUUAACCGUUUGAUGAGUGGAAAAGCAAGGGAUGAGUACAUGAAAGCAAUAAGGCAGGUGAGGGAGAAACUGGAAAAUGCAACGACACCGAAUGGAUCAUCAGAGCAGAAUAUGGACUCCUUCAUCAAAGAUCUGAGGGCUAGAAUACAAGGAAACUGUGUUGUCAUCCCAGCCCAGCGAAAAUGAUUUACUUUCUUCAUGGGAUCUUAACUUUAUGCGUAGUAUCAGAUACCGUUAAUUUUAUCAACUUGGGUCUCAUCAAUUGAUUUAUGAAAUCA